AUGAUUUCACAUGAAUUGGAUCAUCAUUCAUUACUCGACAAAAGUCAAUGGUCUUCCAAUCGGAGGAGCAUCCAUGACGGAUGGUUGUGGCUAGUGUUUACUCUCUUCAUCCUCACAAUCAAUCUUACAAUUUUUCACACCAACUUGCCAUUCGUGUCGCCCUCUUUGAAUAGGGUCACACCAUCCAUUGAUUCAUUUCUUUUCAAUCAUUAUCAUUUGAAUAAUCGAAAUUCACACAAAACUCAUCGAUCAUGGAUUUCAUCAUCACCAUUGGCCCAAUUAUCCAACACAAGUGUUCUUGUGAAACAAUCCAUGAAGCAUCAUUUCAAGAGUUUGAUGUUGUAUGUGAAAUUCGUUAAUAAUAAUACUAACAACAUUUCCAAUUCAUUUGAAACAACAAUUGUUAAUAAUAAUAAUUGUACGCUUCGAGAAUUUCCAUGUUAUUCCAUUUCACAAGCAUUUCAAGUAGCAGAGUUUUUGAUUCAAAAGGAGUAUCAGAAUGAUGAAUGGAAUGCAAAUUCGACCAUUCUUCAAAUUCUAUUAUUGAGAGGAGGAGGAGAUGGAAUUUAUGGAAAGAGUCAAUGCAAUCUACAAACCAAUUAUUCCUUUCAUGAAAUUAUCUUUCAAUCUCCCCAAGAAGAAAAUGAAGAAGGAAUUUUAUGGGAUUGUGAGGAUUCUCAUCUCUUUCAUAGAAAUAGUCAUUAUUCAAUGAAAAUGUCCUUUUUGAACCUUCAUUUAUUAAGGACACAUGUGAAUGGUGCCAUCGAUCAAUUUUAUUUUAGAAAUGUAAGCAUGUGGAAUUCCCAUGUCAUGAAUGAGUGUUUUUGGGAGAUACCCAUUCGUGUUUUUUUCGAAAAUUGUUCCAUGAAUCAAUCGAGUGUGAUUUGUUGUGCCUCUCAUGUUCACAUUUUACAAUCCAUUUUGGAAGAAACAAUGAUUCGAGUUCCACCAGGGACGAAUGUGACCAUUCAAUAUUCGAUUCUGAACUAUUUUCAAUUUUUCAAGAUGGAUGUGCGUUAUGCUCAAUAUUUUGAUACAUCUCUUGAACACUUUACAAUUUUUCACACACAACUCUCAAAUUCAGAAAUGGUGAUUGAUGAGUAUGAUCAAACAACUUUUGAAAAUUUGGAGUUUUUUGGAAACAAUUCCAUACGAGUAUUGUAUUCGUAUGGGUCAUAUUUCAAUAACGUUUUGGCCAUUGAAGGUUCUUUGCAUUUACAUUUUGAAGGUCUAAAUGGAGUGGCAAUUCGAAAUAGUAUAUUUGAUUCGAUUCAUUGUCCAUUUGGAAAGAGUGUCAUUAUUGAGGUCAUUUCAUGUAGUGCCUUAGAAAUGGAAUUUGUGACAGCCCGUGGUGUGAAGGCUCCUUUUUUAAAAACCACUCGAGUUCAAUCCGUGAUACUGAAAAUGUUGAAUUUUACCAACAAUUCUGGUGGAUCUUGUAUUUCUUCGAUUGCUGAGGACAUUGCUGGAUCAUGGAUCUAUAUCUAUGGAUCUUCUUUUCGAAAUAAUACCUGUCAAGAAUGUCAUGGCACAGCUUGUCAUUUGCAAGCAGAAAGAAUUCAAAUAGACGGCAACCAAUUUCUUGAGAAUCAUGCUUAUCAUGGAGGUGCCAUCUAUGUGAAAAGUUCCAACUUAUUAACACUCUCUGGCACUCAAUUCAAGCAAAAUGUGGCUCUUCACUCAGGUGGAGCUCUUUAUGUGAAAGAUAUUUUGCAAGACAUGGAAUUUGGAAUGUUUUCGACUUGUUUCAAUAAUACUGCGCUCUAUGCAGGAGGAUGUCUCUUUUUUGAAAAUCCAAUUCUGAGUCAUUUUCUUGAGAGGAGAAACGUUGACAUGAUUGGAAACCAUGCCAUGUCCUAUGGUUCAACGAUUGGAACUAGCUUGUAUAAUAUUUCAUAUGAAUUUCGAGUGUUUUAUGGCUCUGAUACUUCUUACUCCCUUUUUACAGAUCAACCUGAAUUAUAUUUAUAUCCAGGUCAAGUAUUACCAAAAAUAGAAUUGUCGAUUUGGAAUAAUGGAACAGAGAAAGUCAAGUUUUUACCGUUGCCUCUGGAAUGUCACCUCCAUGAUGAAGAGGGUCAUGAUGGAUCGAUCUUUUUGAGCUACAACAAUUCCAAUUCGAAUUUGGACAUGAGUGUGAAAUCUCUUGUCAUUGCAGCACCUCAUGUGAAAACUCUAAGGAUGUCCAUUUCGAUCCAAGAUGAUCCCAUUGAUCAGCUUUUUAUUGAUGUAUUGAUUCAUGUUGAGGAUUGUCCACCAGAAAUGACUCUUCAUACUCUUCCACAGGGAUCUUUUAUUUGUAGUGCUAAACCUUACAUUCCAUAUGGAAUUGUGAUUCCUGUAGCAAUUCUCUGUGCGAUUGUGAUUAUUUCUGUCGUUUUGACACUCAUUUAUGGCUUAUUUAAAGUGAUGAAGAAUAUUUUCAUGCGAUUGAAACGAUUGGAAAGAAAAGAGAGUGCUGAAAAAAAGAUGGAAUCCAAAUUGAUCGAUAAACGUGUCAUUUUGAUGAUGGGUGAAGAUGAUUUCAGCACGUCGAAUGAAACCACUGCACUUUUAAUUAACAGUCAUACGAAUGGUGGUCGACAAGAAGGACAUGUUCAUACUGCUAGUGACAAUGAUCGUCUUCCAUUUUCCUCACUUGCCACUCGUUCAUGGAUCAUUCCCAUUGAUCAAAUUGAGAUUUUGAAGAGAAUUGCAGAAGGAGGCAAUGGAGCUGUGUAUUUGGCGUGUUGGAAUGGUAGUAAAGUGGCUUUAAAAACGUUGAAAAGUGAAGCAGUGAAUUGGCAACUCGAUCAAGAUGACAUGAAUCAUGAAAGCGAUGAAGAAUUUGAACGAGAAGCUUCAUUAUUGGGAAGUAUAAGACAUCCAAAUAUUGUUCAAUUUUUUGGAAUCAUUUUAGCAUCUAGUAAGAAGUAUAUGGUUGUGGAAUAUAUGGAAAGAGGUAGUUUGGAUAAGUUGAUUUAUAAUGCGAAACAUGGAAUUGAGAAAAUAGACUUAUUUAGAAAAAUUGAUAUUUUGCUUGGAAUUGCAAAAGGAAUGAAUUAUUUGCAUUCCUUACAACCAAGAGGAAUCAUUCAUCGAGAUUUGAAACCUGGAAAUAUUUUGUUAGACAGAAAUUUCACUUCAAAAAUUUGUGAUUUUGGUUUAAGCAAAACAUUAAGCAAUAGUUGUUCGAAAGCAGCAACCACUAAUGUUGGAACAUUAUUUUACAUGGCAAACGAAAUGAUUGAAACAAGCUCACAAUACAACCACAAAGUGGAUGUGUUUAGUUUUGCAAUUGUGAUGUGGGAGUUAUUCUUUGAAGAAAAUCCUUAUUUAAAUGCAUCUUCUCAAAAACUUUACAAAUUUAUUCCAUCCUCUCACGAAACAGGUUCGUUUGGUGUCAAUGUCUUGUUCAAAGUAUUGAAAGGAGAAAGACCUAUUAUUCCUUUUCGAAAUGAACAAGAAAUGCAAGAGUGGAUUGAAGAGUUUGUCAAGCCUCACAAUGAGCACAUUCCUCUUGAAAAAUUAUGCAUGAUUACGACACAAUAUGUUGAAAUGAUGAAAGAGUGUUGGAAUGCCAAUUAUUUAGAGAGACCUGACUUUUCAGAGAUUUGUAAAAAGCUUACAGAGCUACAACAUGAAUGGAAGCGGUGA